AUGCUAUCUAUCCUCAUCUUAUUAUUUUUAACAAUUAUUAUAAUAUUCUAUUUUUUAAAAUAAUUAAAAUUUUUUGAAAAAUCAUUACAUUUAAUUCAAUUUUUGAACAGCACAAAUAAAUAAUAAUUAUCAAAACAUUUGAAAGUAGAAAAAGUUAUCAAUUCCUUUGAAAGUAACUGA